AUGAAUAAUCGAUAUCGGUGUAAUACAAUACCGAUCAGUAUCUAUUCUUGUCAAUUAUCAGUUGAACCUAUAAAGCAACGCUUAGUUGAACCUAUUUUUCAGGCUUAUAUAAAAAAACCGAAUUUAAAAGUAAUUCAUUGUCUAUCCAAUAAAUGUGAUAAUUGUUUAAAUGAAUAUUUUGAAAAAAAUCUUCAACUAAGUUAUAAUCAACGUUUUCAAAAUCAUAAAGAUACCUUAGAAAUGGGUCGACCAAAUGCUGUUGUAACAUCGCCGAAUAUAACUAUAAAUGAUGAUCAAAUGAUGUAUAUGCAAGAUGAUGCUAUAAAAAAAUUACAAAAUGAAAAAAAAGAAAUUCGAAAACGAUAUGCACUUAUGCAAAUGAAUGAUAGUGUUUUUAUCCUUGGUGGUUAUAUUGUUGAUGCUAAAACAGGACAAAAAAAAGCACCAGAAAAUGAUUAUAUUUACAAUAACAACACCAAAGAAUUAAUUUCGCUUCCUCCAAUACCGGGUAAUGGUCGUAUGGGUUUUGGUUUAGCAGCAACUGAUGAUAGUAAAAUUAUUGGUGUUGGUGGACAUAAUUUUAAUUAUGAAACAAUGUCAAAUGUCACUAUGCUUGAUACAAAACUAGAUAAAUUCGAAUGGAGAAAUUUACCAAACAUGCCUAAUGGUAGCAUUGGCCCAGGUGUUAGUGUUAUUGAUAAUGUUUUGUAUGUAAUUGGUGGAUUUGAUUUUAUUGGACAUGAGAUUGUAUGUAAUGGCGACGUACUUUUAAUGGAUCUUGAAAAAAAAGAAUGGAAAACACUAGCUGAUCUUCAGCCUCCAAGAGCUAGACCAUUAAUAAGUAUAAUUGAUAAUACAGACUCACCAACAUUAAUUGUUGCUGGUGGGUAUAAUUUUGAUGAAAAAGGAAAAGCUGUACCUUAUGGUAAAAUUGAAGAGUAUGAUAUGGAAAAGAAAAAAUGGAAAGUUAUAGUAGACAUUCCUGAUUUUAAAACAAGCAAUGGUCUUGCAACUAAAAAUAAUAAAUUAUAUUUAAUGGAUAGUACAAAUGAAACAGGUGAGAAUCAGAUAAUUAAAGAAUAUAAUCUAUUAACACGUAAAUGGGAAAGACCACAUGAUAUGAAACAAUCUAGUGAUCAUCAUAAUAAAAAGAGUCAAUCAAAAAUUAAAAACGAAGAAUCUGAUUCAAACGAAAAUAGAUAA